CUGAGCGCUUGGUGAAUAAUAUAGUGGAUAAAGUAUAAACAACGAGAUCUUUGGCAAAUGUUUAAUGUUAUGACUAUAAUCUAGAUAGCAUAGCAUUCAGGUUUCGGCUGUGCUGCGCGCCUAUGUUAUUUGUUUUUCGGGCAAUUUUUGCAAAUUCAUAAUUGAUUUCUGUGAAAUGCAAAGUAAAAUGAAAAUCAACAACUGACGUUCUCUUGUAAGAGAUUUAAGAAGGUCUAAAUGGCCCGUUUGGCUCUAUAUAUAAUAUAUGUGUUAUUAUUAACGCACAAGGAUUGAAGUGAUGUUUAAUCAUGAAAUUCGUUUACAUUGUAGUUAUUGUUACUGUUUUAUACAAAAGCCAACCUGUAAUAUCGAAGGGCGAGUCGUUAUCGUUGCUGAAAUCUAAUUUUUCAUCGGAGCAAAAAGUAUGGAAUAUUCAACUGGAUAUUUAUUUUGCUAAAACAUUAGCACCUCUAAUAAAGAAAGCACCAGGUACGGAUGUUCGGUUAAAAUGUGAGGCUAUUAUGAAUUUUACAAAAGUUGAGAAAUUCACUAAAAAUAAAGAAGGCAUAGAAACAUCACUGAAGGAAUUACCACCAGAUCACAUCAUCCAGAAUUUAAUGAAGAAUGUGAAAGUUUACUGGUUAAAAGAUAACAGAGCUAUAAUUGAAAACAUAAAGACAAAAAUUUUAACUAAAGUUGAUAAAACAAUUGAUACCAUAGGCACUACUCUAAAAAUAAAAAAUUUAACCAGGGCUGAUGAAGGCAAUUAUACAUGUGUUAUAAAGCAAAAUUAUGAGAAGAAAUUGACUUCUAGAUUAAUUGUUGAUAGUGUUAAUGUAGAAAAUAAUGAAUUUUCUACAUCCAUAUUGCCCAGUAGUGAUGAUGGUAAUGAAUUUAUAGUUGAUAUAAAAACAACACCAAAUUUGGUGUCAGAAGGAAUGAUUGCUCAAGACAAUGUUGCAAGUAGCAAUUUAACAGUGGUUCAAGUAUUGGAGCCUAUAUGCCAAGAAUAUGUAGGAAAAGUAUGCAAGUCCCAUCUCAGUGGUCAAUUUGUUUACAUACCGUAUAAUACAACACAGGCAGCUUUAGAAGAUAAAUUACAUAAAGCAUUCCAAGUGACUAAAUAUUCAAAUGAGAUUAGUUCUCAUUGUGAACAAUAUGCCCUUCCCAGUCUCUGUUACUCAACAUUUCCUAUAUGUAGGCAUCCUUUUGUUACAAAUGAGAAAUUUUUCAUUGAAGCAAAGAAGAUAUUUAAAUUGCACCCUGACUCAGAAAAAGGUAAUAUUAAUGAUAUUCCAAAAGUUGUAUAUGAUACAAUGCCAAAUGGAUUACAGCCUCAAUUGGCCAAUAGUAAUAUGUCUGUAGACAUUUUCAACUUUAGAUAUAAUUCAACAAUACUGAGACGAGUAUGUAAACAAGAUUGUGAGAUAUUGGAGAAUGAACUCUGUCAAACAGAAUAUGCUAUUGCAAAGAGACAUCCACAUAUUGGACAACAGUUGACACUAGAAGAAUGCCAAGAUUUGCCAGAAGACGAUCCUGGUUGCUUAGAAAUUGGUAUAGGCACUUUAAUACUCUCCGAUGAUGAAUGCUAUUGGGAAGAUGGUAGUGGUUACUUGGGGAGAGUGAAUGUAGCUAACAAUGGAAUGCCCUGUGUAGCGUGGUCAAAGCAGAUGCACAUUAGGAUGUCAGAUUAUCCAGAAUUAGCUGGUCGGCAUAGCUAUUGCAGAAACCCUGGUGGAAUGAAAUCGCAACCAUGGUGUGUUAUUGACAAUGAUGGCAAAACUGAACAGCUAUGUGACAUACCUAAGUGUGCUCAUAGAAUCUGGAUAUACAUUCUUGGCAUAUUCUUUUUCCUAAUUCUAGUAAUUGGUGGAUUUAUAGCAUGCGUCCUGAGACGAAAGCGAAAAGGUAGUGCAUCCACUAUAAGGGAUAUAAAUUUGCCAAAUGCAGAUAAAAAUAUAUAUGGUGAUUCAAGACUUAAUUCUCCCAUAGAAAUGAAUGAUUUAUUGACAAAUCAGAACAAUGGCACUCAGCCUCAUUUGACAAGAAAUGUUAGAGGAAAUGGUGUGCUCCGUGUACCUCAAUACUCCUUAUCACAGAUCAAGUUUCUUGAAGAAUUGGGCGAAGGAGCAUUUGGUAAAGUUUACAAAGGUGCACUUAAAAAGAAUGGCGAAACACAAUAUGUUGCGGUGAAGGCAUUAAAGGAGAAUGCAUCAGCUAAAACAAAAGCUGACUUUAGACGAGAAAUUGAUUUAAUUUCAGAGCUGACACACGAAAAUAUUGUUUGUAUUGUAGGAGUAGCUUUACGAGAGGAGCCACUGUGUAUGCUGUUUGAAUUCAUGGCUCGUGGAGACCUGCAUGAAUUUUUAAUGGGCCGGGCACCACCUUCUGGAAAAGGAUUGCCUCCCAUGCGCUUACUGAACAUUGCAAAUAAUAUCGCCUCCGGAAUGCAGUAUCUUGCCUCUCAUCACUAUGUUCAUAGAGACUUGGCAGCAAGAAAUUGUUUAGUUUCGGAUGAUUUUAUUGUUAAAAUAUCCGAUUUCGGUUUAUCAAGAGAUAUCUACAGUUCCGAUUAUUACAGAGUGCAAUCAAAAAGCUUACUUCCUGUGCGUUGGAUGCCGCCAGAAUCUAUUCUGUAUGGUAAAUUUACUACAGAAAGUGAUAUAUGGUCCUAUGGUGUAGUGUUAUGGGAGAUCUACAGUUACGGACUACAACCAUAUUACGGGUUUAGCAACCAGGAGGUAAUAUCAAUGGUGCGUGGGGGCGAACUGCUAGCGGCCCCCACCGGGUGUCCUCCACCCAUGUACGCGCUUAUGCGUGAGUGUUGGAGACACACGCCGCAGAGACGACCCAACUUCGAGGAAAUUGUCAAUCGGAUUCAAGAUUGGAUCCAAAUGGGAGGUUGUCCAGAGACAGUACCACCAGAUAACACUAGCGCGUGUGGUUUUAAACCGACCUCGAGCCGGGAGCUUCAAGAAAGGGUUCCACUUCUUCCACCUCACUGCUCCUCCUCCAACGGUUCCCUAGCGACGGGCAGUUUAAAGAAAUUCAGCACUGCGGGUAGUUCGAGAAACGACGACAACUUUUCCACUUGCAGCGAAGUACCUCCUCUCGCGCCGAAAACUAAAAAACACAGCUCCGGCUCCCUCAUAGAUACAGAUAAAGUAGGCACUAAGGAAACUAUCGUCCGAAUACCCAACACCCAUUUUGGGAAUGAAAUUUAAUUGAACGCUAGAUAGUUGGAACGGUACCUAGAUGGAGAUUUGUGGUAUUCCAUUUAUGUAUGUUGAUUGCUAUCGUCACUAUUGCGUUUGCGUCCAUAAAUUUGAUACGAAAAUAUUAAACAUCCGUCAGAAAUAAAUUAUUAAAUUUAAUACGAGUUGUGUUGAAUACGCAAAUGCGAUAGUAACGUUAUUAAAUGUUAAAAUUUACUCUCGGCCGAAAUUUGUGACUUAGAUGUAAGUAAAUUAUCACUGCUAUUGCUAAUAGGUACACGCUAGUUUAAGAUUAGGAAACCGCCUUAUUUAUUUUUUCAAUAGUCACUUUAUUUUAGUAGAUUAUUAUUUAUUUUGUUUUUCGUAAAAACAAUUUCCAAGCGCUUUGUGAAGGACCAAAUGUUGGUUAAUUUAUAUUGAAAUAGAUGUACUUAGCGAUGAAUUAGAAAAAAAUACUCGAAAUUUUCACAGAAGGAUAGUGCAAUUUAUAAAGUUUUAUACGGUUUAAAUUUACAAUAGAGAAUAGACGAGAAAAUAUGACAGAGAAAAGUCUUCCUAAGUUUCUGACAUCUGCUUUUUUAAAUCAAAAUUAUGGAGUGCAGAGGAAAGGAGAUCAACAUGUUGAGUUGUUGUUGCGGUGCCAAAGGAAUAAGACAUGCAUUAUUAAAAAUAUUGCAAAUCAGUUAAAAUGUUUAGUUACGUAUUAAUUAAUUUUGGAAUACGUAAAUAAUAGGUAAGUAUACUUUUUCCAGCUGGUUACUCUAAAUGCCCAUGCGAUGUCGGAAUCUUAGUGAUUUGGGGACUCUUUAUUUUAUGUUACAAUACUACAAAUAUUCUUAUCUCUACACUCCAUAAUAUAGACAUUCUGCUUUGUCUAUUUCAGUUUUUUUGUCGAUAUAAGGGCGGCCGUACACGGACCGCUUCAAGCAGUUGAGACCAACCGCUUGAAGCCGCGACCGCGCGGUGAACUAUAGGCAUU